AUGCAGUCUCCAACACCCAUAAUCGUCACUAGAACGUCGUCUAAAACCACCAUGGUCUCUCCCUGGGACUCUCCGGAGCCAUCACCCACUUCCCCCAACGCUACCUCGCCGAUGCAUUAUCGCAUUGAGCAGCGACGGUCCAUUUAUGUCACCACCGAUGUUCUUCCCUCGCAGUGGGACACCGCCCAACUCAACAACCUGCUUGACAUUGGCGAAACGAUUGCUGAGCAGGCUCCAUCGCGCGACAUCCGAAUUCGUUUGACCCGUUCAAUGCCUGAACGACCAGUGUUGUUUUAUCCAGAACUAGAGGCCAAAGCACCGACAGAAAUUGUCGAACAACCAAAGCGGGCCACCGCAUACCGUGCCAGAGAUUCGGUAGCUUUAAGCCCAAAGUCGCCAGUCAUUUCUCCUCCUAUUCGUCGAAGUGGUGGAUCGCCUCGUACCCCAACGCGCACCCGCAUUCUUUUCUACCACAAGACGGACCCACACUACGGCUUCACCAACUUCUCUGCCCAUCCGGUUUUCUACGACAAUAAACGGUAUCCCACCAGUGAACAUCUCUUCCAGUCUUUCAAGUUCAUGCCCCACCGUCCCAAGCUUGCUGAGCACAUCAGAACUUGCUCAGAACGUCCCAGUGUCGCCUUUUCCGAAGCUCGUCGAUUUGCACCCGAGGUCCGCUCGGAUUGGAAGGAUGUUAACAUCCAAAUGAUGGACAUCGCACUAUGGCACAAGUUUACUCAGCACGAAAGCUUGAAGAAAGAGCUCCUUGCGACUGACGACGCGGAAUUGAUUGAGGACAGUGACAAGGACGCCUUCUGGGGUAUCGGUGCGGACCGGAAAGGACGGAACGAGCUGGGGAAAGCAUUGGAAAGGCUCCGGACCAAGCUCCGGGGUUACUGA